AUGCUCCGCCGCGCCCCAACAACCAUUACUCUCACCACGGAAGAUAUAGCUAUUUACGAAGACUCUCGGCAAGCUGAGCGUGAUGAACAAGCAGAGAGAGAAGCCAUGGCAGCAGCAGCACGCCACAGAAAAGCAAGACAAAGACAAGAUUUUGGAGCUGUCAAAGGGGAUAAAUACAGGGAGUUGCAGGCGAUAGCUGCGCAGAGGAGGGUUGAUGCUGCGAGGGAAAGAGCUGCUGGGAGGGGACUGGAUCUGGAAGGGGAUGGCAAUGCGGAAAAUGAGAACGAAAUAAGUGAGGAUGAGGAUAGACAGAUAUUGAGGGAGAGGGAGGAGAGGGCGAUGAGGGAGAGACUUAGGGAGAGAGAAGGACAGAGACCCACUAGGGUGUUACAGAGAGCAAGGGAGGAGAGGGAGCAGAGGAGUAGAGAGGAGAGGUUGGGAUUAGGCGGUGGGAACGGCAGUGCGUCGGGGAGAUGA